CACCUGUUUAUCGUCCCCUGAUGGAGUUUAAAGUCCAUCUUCAGCUUUAGGUGACAUAAAACCAAAAUAAAACCUCUUCAUCCUUCAUCCCCUGAAUUAGCAGCUACUGUUGGACUCAUCAUCAGUGAGCUGCAGGGGGUCCAGUCACCCCUCGUCCUCUCUGCUGGGCUCGUUUAGGCUGCUCUCUUGUGGCCACUGGAGGUAAAGUUUGACCCGAGGAAAGGCCAAAGGCCUGACAGGAAACAGCAGCUGUCAGCGCGCUGGCUGUCUUUUAUAAUUAGGAAUUAUUUCAAUAUAUAGAAAAAAAAAGUUAUUAUUUUUUUAAACCAAUAAACACACAGAUGGUUGGUGAAUCCGGCGCGGAUUUGGCGCCUGGCAGUCCGGGUUUUCCGUCUCUCCUCCUCCUCCUCCUCCUCUUCCUCCUCUUCCUCCCUCCUUUUCUGCUGCUGUUGUAGCUUCACUUGUUCAGCCUUCAGAGGAGGAGGAGGAUGAUCUAUGAUUGGCCGGGCGGGGACUGGUAGUCCGGAGCUCCCCGUGUUCAUGUUUACACCUUGCUGACCCGGACGAGGCGAGACGCGUGGGGGUCCGGAACAAACUCUGGACUUUAGUCUUUGGGUUUUAUUGAGGGGGGGAUUUUUUUUUUACCCCCUGCUUGACAGCUUCUACCCGCGGCAGUCUUUUCUUAUUUAUAGUCGCGAAGCAACUUUGGUUUGUUUCCUGGGAGCUGGAGCUGUUUGGAUGUUUGGUUCAAUCCGCGCAGAGACGCGUCAAAGUUCUCAGUGCGCCUUUUUGGGACUCCAGACUCUUCCUGUUCAAAAGCAGGAACGCAAAUCCUCUUGGAACUGUACGGACAGAUUUAAACAGGACCUGUAAAAACUUUGACCCGGAACGGAGUAAAAGAUCCCGUUCAGACGCGCGGUUCGGUGAUGGAUGUGCUGUUUGCGCCAGCGGACAGGAGAGUCACUGAUUACUGAAGCGCUCAGUUCUCCCCCCCUCAGUUAAUGAACUCCAAACCCUCCGGGGCCGGUGUCGGUGUCGGGCAGGAGAACCUUGCUGUGGACAACCGGAGCCGUUCCCGAACGGCGUAGCUGGGAAAGAUGCGCUCUCCUCGGAUGCGGUGCGCGCAAGUUGUCGGUCCUCGGGUUUUCCUCCUCCUGGUGCGGCUGUGGCUCGUGUCUGCUACUGAGGGCAGCGACUACAGCGACGCCGACGUUCUCCCCGAUUCUUUCCCGUCCGCACCGGCGGAGCCGCUGCCCGAGUUCCUGCUGGAACCGGAGAAUGGUUUCAUCGUAAAGAACCGGCCGGUCCAGCUGCGCUGCCGGGCCUCGCCCGCCACCCAGAUUUACUUCAAGUGUAACGGAGAAUGGGUGAACCAGAACGAUCACAUCACCAGAGAGAGCCUGGAUCAGAACACAGGUCUGGUGGUGCGAGAGGUGGACAUCUCCGUGUCCCGGACCCAGGUGGAGGAGCUGUUCGGGCUGGAGGACUACUGGUGCCAGUGCGUGGCCUGGAGCUCGGCCGGGACCACCAAGAGCAACCGUGCUUAUGUUCGCAUCGCCUGUGGACUGGCUGAAGAACGAGGAGCUCAUAGAUCCGUCGCAGGACUCCAACUUCCUGAUCACCAUCGAUCACGAUCUGAUCGUCAAACAGGCCCGACUCUCGGACACGGCUAACUACACGUGCGUGGCUCGAAACGUGGUGGCUAAGAGGCGGAGCAGCACCGCCACGCUCAUCGUUUAUGUGAGUGGAGGGUGGUCUUCUUGGACUGAAUGGUCAGAGUGUAACGCUCGCUGUGGGCGGGGCUGGCAACGGCGAACACGCAGCUGCACCAAUCCGGCCCCUCUGAAUGGAGGAGCCUUCUGUGAGGGCCCGYCAGUGCAGAGAGUAACAUGCACCACACUCUGCCCAGUGGACGGGGGCUGGACGGAGUGGGCAAAGUGGUCCGCCUGCGGGACGGAGUGCACGCACUGGCGCAGCCGCGAGUGCCAAGCCCCUCCGCCCAUCAAUGGAGGGAAGCACUGCAGUGGAAGCAUGAUGGAGAGCAAAAACUGCACCGAGGGGCUGUGUGCCAGAAAUAAAAAGAUCUCAGUUGAACAUACAAGCCAUCCCAUGGCUCCAGGUAUGGGUGCGGCGGUGUACGUUGGCCUGGUGGUCGCUUUGCUGCUGAGUGUCAUAAUGGCRCUCUGCGUGGGCGUGCUGGCGUACCGCCGCCGCUGCCGCCACCUCCACGGUGACAUCACGGACUCCUCCUCAGCCCUCACCGCAGCGUUCCACCCCGGAAACUACAAACCUCCGAGACAGGACAACCCCCACCCUCUGCAUCCCUCGGCUCCACCUGAUCUGACAGCCACGGCGGGUACUUUCAGGGGUCCGCUCUUCUCCCUGCCGCAGGGGGUCAACGACAGCCCCCACAAGAUCCCCAUGACCACCUCCCCCUUGCUGGACCCGCUCCCCAGCCUCAAAAUCAAGGUGUACAACUCCUCCACGCUGUCCUCCCUGGAGCUGCCGGCCGACAUGUGCUCGGCCGACGGCGAGAUCCUCAGUCUGAAGUCCGUGGGCACCGUGGGGAGAGAGCGGGACUAUCACAGCUACACUCUGUCCAGAGAGCCGGGCCUGAGCACCAGCGCCACCUUGGGAAGCCUGGGUGGGCGCCUGACCAUCCCCAACACAGGUGUGAGUUUGCUGGUCCCGCCUGGCACGAUCCCGCAGGGGAAGUUCUACGAGAUGUACCUCAUUAUUAACAAGUGGGACAAAACAACGUUGCCGUCUGAGGGCAGCCAGACUGUGUUGAGUCCUGUGGUGAGCUGCGGUCCAUCGGGGAUGCUCCUGAACCGGCCCGUGGUCCUAACUCUGCCCCACUGCGCCCAGUUAGACACGCCCACACCAGACUGGACCCUCACACUCAAAACACAAACCCACCAGGGUGCAUGGGAGGAGGUGUUGACGGUAGGGGAGGAGACGCUGUCGUCUCCGUGCUACCUGCAGCUGGAGGAGGAGUGUUGUCACGUCCUCAUGGAGCARCUGGGAACCUACGGCCUUGUGGGCCAGUCCUGCCCUCCGCGGCCCGCCUGUAAGCGCCUGCAGCUGGCUCUGUUCGCCCCCCGAGCGCCGUGCCUCUCCCUGGACUACAGUCUGCGCAUCUACUGUAUCCAUGAUACCCCACAUGCACUGAAGGAUGUGCUGGACUUGGAGAGGAGUCUGGGUGGAGUUUUGUUAGAAGAUCCCAAACCGCUGCUCUUCAAAGACAGUUAUCACAACCUGCGCCUGUCCAUCCACGACAUYCCUCACACCUACUGGAGAAGCAAACUUCUGGCCAAGUACCAGGAGAUCCCCUUCUACCACAUCUGGAGCGGCAGUCAGAGACCCCUGCACUGCACCUUCAGCCUGGAGCGAGCCAGCCUGGCCGUGUCACAGCUCGCCUGUAAGAUCUGCGUCCGACAGGUGGAGGGGGAGGGACAGAUCUUUCAGCUGCACACGGACAUCCAGGAGACUCUCCCGCCGCACUCGCCGCUCCCCUCAGGAAGCUCCUGCCCACCUUCUUCUCAGGUGGGACCGUAUGCCUUUCGCCUGCCCGACUCCAUCCGCCAGAAGAUCUGCGGCAGCCUGGACGCUCCCAGCGCUCGAGGCUGUGACUGGAGGCUGCUGGCUCACAGUCUGGGCUUUGACAGGUAUUUGAACUACUUCGCCACCAAGCCCAGCCCCACAGGUGUUCUGCUGGACUUGUGGGAAGCGUGUCACCAAGGUGAUGCAGACCUGGUCUCUCUGGCGACAGCUCUGGAGGAGAUGGGCAAAAGUGAAGUGCUAGUUGUCAUGACGACAGAUGGGGAUUGUUGAUUGGUCAAGAAACAAAAGAGCGAGAGAGACUUCUCUUUUUUUCUUCUUUUUCUUCUUCUUUUUUUUUUCCUCACUGCAGUGAUGAAAAUGAGAAUACUUGCUGAUGAAUAUGCACACGCCGCCCCGUCUCUCUCAUCARCAGCACGUUAGGCUUGCUUCACGUGGACCGUGGGACGGUCCUGCUCCCACCCUCAGCAUCAGCCAAACCCUGCUCAGGCCGUCCCACCGCCAACUGGAUUCUGCAACGUCGCAUCUGCAAAGUUUAAAGUCGUAAAAAAAAAUCAAACAAAACCGGAGUGGAGCGUCUUCAACUGCUGAAAACAUCCCUUAUUUUGUGUGUGAUUGUUAAUAUCAAUGCUWUAAGGGUUAAUCCACUAAAGCUAACUGGGGUUGAGUUUCAGCAGCAGCAUAGAAGUCCAUGACUUCAUUCCAUCCCACCUCAYAUCAGUGGCUUUGGUUUUUUUCUCCCGUUGUCGCUUUAGUUGUGCAGAAAAGCUGAGUGAACCUAACCCCUCCCAAAAAAUGAAGCACAGAAAAAAAAGGCAAAUAUGAUGAGUGGUUAGUAAAGGCGCAACGGUACAUGUACCCGUUUCGAACCGUAUCGAACAGUACUUUAAGUUCAAUACACAUUAUGUAUGGAACAAUACAGAUUUUUUAAAAUUUAUUUUAUCAGCUUGUCUUCUGAAGAUGCUCUGUGUUGAAGGAUCAG